AUAGGGUAGUUAUUUUAGCGUCGUCGUCGUGACUGUUUCUGGUUGCUAUGGCAUUUUUAAACGGGCCCAGACUGCUGGACUGGGCAAACUCUCCUCCACAUUUACAGUUCAACAAAUACGUCCUGACUGGUUAUAGACCCAUCUCCACCGUCCAGGAGUGUAUCAAGAGCCUCUUCUAUCUGCACAAUGAGCUGGGGAAUAUCUAUACACAUGGAAUUCCUCUGCUCUGCUUCCUGGUGCUGCUCCCGCUCAACAUCCCCUGGUCUCAGAUCAGCGUGACGUGGCUCGGUGUGGUGCACUUCCUGGCCUGCUUGUCCCCGCAGCUGGGCUCAGUGGUCUACCACCUCUUCAUGAACCAUGAGGGAGGCGAGCCGGUCUACAAAACCCUGCUCACGCUAGAUAUGUGCGGAAUCUGCAUGAUCAACACGCUAGGAGCUCUGCCCAUUGUGUACAGCACUCUUCUCUGCUACCCCUUCACACGCACAGUGGCUCUGUUGAUGUACAUCCUGCUAUCCAGUUACGCCAUCUACUGUGCCAUCACAGCACGCAGCAGAGUGCGGCGUCUGCGUUCCUUCGCCUGGCAAGCCCUUUUCCGCUUCUCCUUUUUCCUCCUGCGCUGGGUAGGUGUGGGCGGAGGGAGUCCCACCUCACUGCGUCACUUUCUCACCAUGGAUGCACUAGCGGUGUUGGGUGGGGUCAUCAAUAUCACCCGAAUCCCCGAACGCUUCCGGCCAGGCCUCUUUGACUACUGGUGCAACAGCCAUCAGAUCAUGCAUGUGCUGGUGGUGGUCUCCAUACUGUACCUACACUGGGGGGUGCUGGACGAUUUACUGUGGAUAAACACCUAUCACUGUCCCUCAGACUGACGGUGGCCCCUGCUAGUCUGGAUUCGUGGGUAAUAGGGCGCGAGGACCUCUUUUAGUAAUGAGAUGUUUGGGAAUGCAGCGUUAAUUGGGCAAGGAAUGGUUGGGGUUGGGGGGAGGCUGUUGUGCUUUGUAUAUAAAUGUGUGCACGAGAAGUCCAUAAGAAGUGUUUUAAAUGUUUUUUUAGGAGACACCAGUGCCAGCUUCGACACACAUGCUUGUUUGUGCCGUCAGUAGCCAGAAUGUACAUAUCUGUGUUUGCAUAAACAUUGUCUGUGCAUGGCACUGUUUAGACCUACUAGCCCAAAAAAUGCCAGAUUUAUUUUUUUUUUGGUUCAAGAUCUACACAAUCUACAGGAAUACACACACACACAUAUAUGCACACACAUAGGGUCUGACAUUAUUGGAUGUCAUAUAUUCACCAGCGUUUAAAGCAUUUAUUAAAAAGCCUCUAAAUUUAGUUUUCGCUAUAUAAAGACAGACAGAAUCGAGCCCGUAGAUAAUUGGCUCUCGAAAAGCAAGAUGUAACAUAUCACAUUAUCAAAAACUCUGCUCAAAAUAGCAUGGCUUUCAUGACAACUAAUUACAGUUUGUCUCUAUUUCUCAAUUUUCGCUGGUGACACCAACAAAAUCGCCGGUGCAGAAAUGACGUAUGCACCUCGAACUUACUCUAUUGCAGACUAUGCAGCAUAUCAGAUGUUACAUCAAUGCGAACACUACAAUACACACUACACACACACUCUCACAAAAUGUACUGUAUGCCCGAACUCACAGCAACAUUUACUGGAAAUACUUGAGUUGAUUUUACUUGUUUUAUCACUUUUUUGUGUGUCAUUUCCCUGUUCAGGUCCAUAUAUUCACAAUCGUAAGGUUGAAAGGGUCAUUCCUUGGUUUGUUGCCUUGCUGUUUUUAUGUUUACUGAGUGAUUAAAGUUGCUGAGAGGGCGCUUUAGGGUUUGAGUGCCCUUGGUGGCUUUGAUCGUGUUUGAUAGCAUCUAAGGGGCAUUUGGUUAAUGCCGUUUUUUUUUGCAGGAGCAUGAUUUUAAUAAUGCCUUGGGAAACAUUUACCGUUACCUGCAAUAGAUAUUUCCUCUGCUCUGCUGCUAAACAGUCCAUUCAAGCUUGUACACUCGUGGUUUUUAAUAUCCUAAUCUGUAGUUUGGAAGAUUGAAUUUUGUACAGCUCUAAAUUAGAUUUCAUUUCUUCCUGACCUUUAACCUCAAUUAUCCAUGUAACCUUGGGUUUAAGACGAGGAAUAUUAUUUUCUUGAUGGUGUGCUGUUUGCACGAAGGCUUUAAUUCUCUGCUGGCUCUCCUCCACUACUGUACACCUGAUGUUCCCGCUCAUCAGAUGUGGCAGAGGAACAUUGGACUCCAGAAUGGAGCUGUAUUACACUAUGAAUUCCUAAAGGAUGACUAAGGGAAUAUUGGUACGGCUUACUUGUGCCAAACUAAUGCUAUAUAUAUAUGGUUCUUAUUUGUAAGAAACGUCAAGACUUAAUAAGUUGUCCAUGUUCUUCGAUGGUCCAUGUCCUUGAAAUGCAAUUUUAUCUACUUUCUUUACCGGGUACAGACCAAAUUUUCUGCCUGCACAGAUGAUGCACUUGUAACAGCACAGAAGUAAAGGGUGAAACAAAAGUGUUCACCAGGUAAUCCUAUGCAUGUGUUGAACACAUCCAUUCAUGCUCAUCUGUGGCUGAGAAUAUUUUAAAGGCUGUGCAGAGCAAAUUAAGCAUUAAAUCCUGAGAAAUUGGAUGAAGUUAAUGCACAGGAUGUAUAUAUUUUUCAUUAUGUACCCUCUAAUUUCAGAUAAGUUGCCAAAAGACUAAAGCUAAACAGUCUCCUACUUUAGAAAGUCAAAUUCAAAAGGUCAAUUCACACUUCAUUGGGUUUUGUAGGAUUAGUCGAUGUGUGUUUGCAUCUGUCAGAGCUCGUUUUCGUUAGUUGAACAUGCUGAAUUGGUGUUUGUCGGGUCAUAGAUUGUCUGAACAGUGAUGUGCAUCAUCUGGCGAUUGUCUGCGUUGGUCUGCAUUUGUUGGUGCAGUGUGAAUUGGCCUAAAUAAAUCACUUCCUCUGGCUGAUUGCACUAUGGAAACGUUGACAUUGUUCCAAAUGUGCAGUAUUAAGGAACCUUAUUUUUUUUUUGCACAUUUGGAUUUAUCUUGGCACAUUUAUGCGCUACUAUGUGAAACAAACCAAGGAUGACUCUUUUUACCCUUGCAACCUCUAUAGCUUGUGACAAACAAAUGACACAAUGUGAUAGAUUGGGAGACACUAUCGCAAUGUAGCUCUCAGAAUGAACAUCAGUGAGGUCAUUUCAGUUCUCUUGACAUUAUAUUUAAGAUGUUGUUGAAAAUGUUUGAAUUUUUUUGUUUUUUGAGUGCAUCUACUACUGUUUUUAUUUUAUUAUUAUUAUUAUUAUUAUUUUUAACCAGUUGGGGAUCACAUAUCUUUACACAACCACAGCACUCUGAUAAUCCUAUAGCAGAAGUCAGACCUAUUAGUGUAGAACCAGUGCAUGUUAGGUAGAAUGUUGCUCCGAUAUAUCUGACAAACUCAAAUAUACUCUAUGCCAAAUUAGCUGUUUUGGGGCCUCAGGUGUCACACACAGCAGUCCCGAUCCUAGCAGCCACAAAUACAGUCCCUCACCUUUAAUGCUAUUAAUUGACAGCUCUGAAAUGAAGCGGUGCAUGUAAAUACCAGUAAAGCAAUCCCCUGAAAACACAACGUACGAUUUGUAAUGCUUGCGCAAUGCAACCACUGACGUGUGCUUAAUGUGCAGUAACAAAGCUAAUGCUUCAAAGCACGUCUGUCUAUAGAAAGGGAAUGAAAUCAGGAGGGCAGCCCAGAGGCAAUACAACCAUAUCAAGUAAUUAACUGCACUGUUUAUUUUUUUACCAAAAGGGCUUUGGAUCAAAGUGAAAAACCAAUUAGAAGUCCAUAUGGGUAAGGUAAAUACCUAUAUGUAGACUGUAUAUGCAUAAAAUGCAAGCGGCAUACAUACUGACAUUUUUAUAUAUUCAUAUUAAUAUAUAAAGCAACAACGUUCUAAGAGAAUAUAUUGAAUGUUUAUGUAUUUCAUCUCAGAGGGGGCGACACUUGAUACGAAUUGUCCGAUUUCAAAAACAGCAGCGAUUUGAUCAUCCUGUAACAGUAAAAAGCUCAAAUUGUGACACCACAAUGAACGGCCUUGAGGGGAGCUAACAAUGCUGUUGCAUUAUUUAGUAGGGUUAAUGUCAUAAUGAUAUGUCUGUACUACUAUGAUGUCAUAACGUCAACACGGUCUUUGGUUUUUAAACAGUUUAGAAGCGAUUAUAACAGUUCGGUUGGCAAAAUCUCAUUUUUUUACGUUAGAAAAGGUAAGGAGAGGCUGCAAUACAGUUGUUUUGGGUUGAAAAAAACUAAAAAACGGGGGUCCUGAUAUGUUAUUACCUCUGAAACCCACUGGAUAACUAUGCAUAAUUGAAAUAUGUACAUAUAUAUACAUACGCAAACAUGUUUGUACAUGUGAAUUCCAAAAAAAAAACGAUGUUUCACCAGUCCUGAAAAGAAAGAUCUGUGUAUUCACACUAACAUGUUUAGCUCAGACCAUGCCAUCCUGGGGUUUCCUCUUCUCAGGGUGCCCUGUCAGUGCUCACUUGUAUUGAGUGACCUCAACUACUGAUUUCGGGCCAGUUUUUCUUUUCAUCCUGUCAUGUCUUUUUUGCUUGUUCUGGUUGAGAUCGAAGACUGAAAAACCAGUGAUGCCAGUGGUGUGUUUUUAAAGGGCAAAGGUCACGAUGGCUUUUAUCAGUCAUCAGGCAUUUGGACCAUGCAUCUUUCUUGAUGCGUAUUGCCUUUGAUGGGCCGAAUGUGUCCAUAAAUGCUGAUCAAGAAUGUGUUUAUUCAUGUAGUUAGUUAGGUGAUGUGAGAAUGUGCAGAGCAUGUUACAUCGAGCCCUAAAGGAAGUGGAUUGCAUCAGAACCCACGUUUUUGGAGGUGGAACGAGGAUGAUGUUCUCAUGGAUGAUGUUCUCCUGUCUGUAUAUUCUAACGUCCUGUGGUUGAAAAAAAAAAAGAAAAUAAUGACAUGAUGUAUGAAACUAUAAUACCUUUUUUUUCUUAGUAUGCAGGUGCUGGAUAGCCUGUUACUGAUAAUU